AUGGCUGACGACGCCCACCCUGUCUACCUCUCACCUAGUGAGCUAGGCUCCAAAGACUACUGGGAAAAUUACUACGCCCGUACUCUAGCCCACAUCUCCAACGAAACCCCAACCGCCGACUCCACAAACGCCGGCGAAAGCGACGAAGAAGACGAUGACAUAAACGACGAAGACGAUCCAGGUACAUCCUGGUUCUCAGAACAUAACGCACCCCAAAAAGUCCUUAAUUUCCUAACCCGUCGCUCAUUCCCUCUUUCACCACGGAAUAAACCCUCAACCGCACCAAGUAUCCUUGAUCUGGGCACUGGAAAUGGAAGUAUGCUCGCGCUUCUACAGAAGAAGGGUGGAUUUCAUGGGAUGAUGGUUGGUGUGGAUUACUCUGCACAAAGUGUUGAGUUAGCGAGGGAGUUACAGCGUUCACGAGGUCAUUCUGCUUAUCGAAGUGAUUCUGAAUCUGAGGAUGAAUCUGAAUCUGAAGAUGGCGAGGAGAAUCAGGAUGAGAAUGGUGAAAGUGGUUCCCCUCAACCUAUUAUCUUCGAGGAAUGGGAUAUCCUCUCUUCAAAAGCUACGCUCUCUCCUACUGGAACUGCAAUCUCAAUCUCUAAUACCGAGGAGACGUUAUCCUGGUUCCCAUACCAAACUGGAGGAUUUGAUAUGGUCCUUGAUAAGGGAACUUUUGAUGCGAUCUCGUUAGCGGGAGAUGCGAAAGACACCCGAGUUUGUGAACGGUACCCUGAUAUUGUGCGGAGAUUGUUACGGAAAGGCGGGUUCUUAAUGGUCACGAGCUGUAAUUGGACAGAGGAGGAACUGGUGAAGUGGUUUACUGGACCUGUGGGCUCUGUUGAAGGGGAAGAGGAUAGAUUGGUUGUUUGGGGGAGAGUUGAGUAUCCCAGGUUUAGAUUUGGAGGACAGGAGGGUCAGGGUGUUUGUACGGUGUGUUUUCAGAGGGUUGUUGGUUCUUCAUGA